AUGGCGUCGUCCGCUUCCGCCUAUACUGGUGUUAGGACCACCGACAACCGCAGCAGCGCUAUCAACAACCAUCGCAACUCGGCACAGCGCUCCUUUCAACCAGCUGCAGAGUCGACCCACAGCGUAGAAAGCCCCUUUUCCUCCCGCUUCGAACGCGCCGCUGCCUCCUCACAACGCCCCAACAUGGCGACAUGGGCCAACGACGUACAGGCACAAUCCAGUGCCAGCUUCGUCCCAUCCUAUGCAGACCACGAUGACGACGACGACGACGACGACGACGAAGACGAGGACUACGAAGAGACGCAGUCCGAAGAACACGUCGUCGCGCUCCACGACUUCAACUCCAACAACGCCACCUGCCUCUCCUUCCAAGCAGGUCAAGUCAUCAAAGUCUACAACCGCGACCCCUCCGGCUGGUGGGAUGGCGAACUAGAUGGCCAACGGGGCUGGUUUCCCAGCAAUUAUGUCGACCAGGAGGCGGUCUAUGUCUCGGAUGAUGGUCAGAACGACAGCUAUUCGUAUGAUCACGACAACGAUGCGCUUCGCAACCCCACCACCAGCCAGACUUCGUCCGAUUUCGACCAUGCCGCCGGAUAUCCUUACACGGCGGAGAACUUUCCCCAGCGCGAGCGGUUCUUCUCGGCAAGCUCGACGCGAUCGCCAACGCCCACCUCGACGCCGAUGCCCGAUCAAGGCGAUGGAAGUGUAUUGGAUCCUAUCCUGCACGCCAUCUCGCUCCUGCGCAACGCCGUCCGCGCCCAGCGCGUGGCUCACUUUCAGCCAUCCACCGCCUGCGUCAUCUCUUCCGUGCGGUCCGUGCUUUCGGCCACCGACUGUUUGACGCGCGAGUCGCCCAUCCUCAAAGCGAAUCCGCAUCUCGCUCGUGAGCGCAAAGCGAUCUUGUCGGAGCUCAGCAAGCUCGUAGCCCAAGCGCGUACCGCGUCCGCGCCCAUGGUCGACGACUCCUACCGACCGGCAGAGAUGGAUACCAUGCUUGCAUUGGCGGAUCAGGUGCUGGUCAAUGUGCGUAGCUUCCUUGCCGUCGCCGUCGACUGCGGCGUGCCUGUGCCCGAACGUCGCUCCUCCGUCUACGACGAUCUGUACGCCCAGACCAGCACCGCUUCUUCCGCGAUCCGUCAAGAGUUGGAAAAGACGCCUACCCCCGGCUACUCGCAGAUUCGCGACUCGGGCGUGCGGACUUCGUACGCGUCAGCACGUCAGCUGCAUUAUGACGAUCGCCACGAUCCAGCUCAAAGCUACGCAGCCACGCGUCGUACCAACUCGCAACGACGCCAACCCUCGGAAGGCUCCGUCGAUUCCUCGGACGGUGGCGCUCACGCUGUCGCACAGGCUCGCUCCAUGACGCAGCGCCAGCUCGAUGGACGUGCGGGCGUCGUAGCUGCUGCCGUGGCUCAUCAGAUCGGCAUGGGACGCUCUCGAUCCGAUUCUAGCUCUGAGUCGCCCGAAUCCAUGUCAGGUCACGACACUGGCUCGCAGCACGGCUCAGUCGGCUCCAAUGGCGAAGACGAUGGCCCGCCUCAUUCGGUCGAACGCACCGCUUACGAAGUCAUGCAGCGCCUCAGCAUCAAUAACGACCAGCUGCUCUCCAUCAUUGCCGCCUUUAUCGGCCACGUCCACACCCACACUUCCGAAAGUCAUGCUUCGAGCUACGCCUACCUCAUCGACAUGACCCGAGAGGCGGUCGUCGGUGUGCGCAAUCUCUUGCUCGUGGUCGAAGCUGUCAACAACAAUGCCUUCCUCCAGCAGAUUCGACCUCGCGAAACGGCCAUUCUCUGGGAGACGCGCGAGAAUCUGUACGAGGCCACCACGCAGCUCGUCACGGCGGCGCGCGUGGUGACGUCGGCUCCCUCCGUUUCCAUCACAGCCGGCUCGGUCGCCGAGGCCGAAGACAAGUCUCGCCUCCUGCAGGCGGCCACGAGCGUCUUGCGGACGGGCGGCGAGUGUGUGGGAGCGGUGCGACUCUGUAUCGAUCGACUCGAUCCCUCGUUCACCGUCGCGCUCCCCGAAGCGUCUCGAGCGCGCAACUCACGUGCUGCAGGGACCAUGAUCGCCUCGAUGGGGCAGUAUCAGGACGAGCCAUCGCGCGAAGGUUCGCCCCAAGGUGUCGAAGCAGCAGGUGCAACGCAAGACCUUCGCCGAAAGAAUACGCUGUCCUUCCUCGGCCGCAAAGCGACAAGCUUGUCGCUCCUCAAGCAAAACUACGAGCGUGACGAGCACCAGAAUGGCUUCGACGACAUUCAAGAGGACGAGCAUAGCGAAGCCGACUACGUUGACCAGCGACAUGGCUCGCACGCCGGGCAGACCACAGUCGCAGGCAGACCUCCAUCGUCCUACACCGACCGCAACGCGCAGUAUGCUCCCUCUCGUAACGAAGCCUCGAGAGCCGGCGAUCGCAGCGGUUCUGGCAUGGGUUCCUCCGUCGACCGUUACUCGCAGGAUGCGGCCAGGACAUCGCGAUCCACCAGCCAAUCCAUCCGGUCCGAGGCGACGGGAGAGACCUCGGCCCGCCCCUCGUUCGAGCAACAGCAACAGCAGCAGCAGGCAGGCGCAGCGGUUCAAGAUGCCCACACGACCGCUCAAACGGCUGCCAAGCAGCUGGCCGGUGGCGUCGUCGAACGCCAGUCGAUGUACAGGGAACCGAGAGCCGCCCCUGUUUCCAUCGAGUCUCGCUACAUGGGCCCCGGCUACGAUGCUUCCGACGUGGUUUGCAACUCGGAGGGUCAGGUCACCGGUGCCACUCUCAAGGCACUCGUGGAAAAGAUGACGCCGCACGAUGCCAUGACCGAAGCGACGUUCUCGACCGCCUUUUUCCUGUGCUUCCGGAUGUUCACUUCACCGCAAGAGCUGCUCGAGGCGCUGGUCGCGCGAUUCGAGAUGAAGCCUCCCGCCGAUCUGCCCAUGAGCGAGGCGGACGUGACCCGCUGGAACGAUCGAAAGCUGGUGCCGGUCCGUCUGCGCGUGCUCAACCUGCUCAAGAGCUGGCUGGAGAAUCACUGGAACCCCUCGACGGACCGAGUUAUCCUGCAGCAGCUUAUCCCGUUGGUGGAGCGCUGGGCCACGGCGAGUGCGACAGCUGGACCGGCGCACCGACUCGCGGAGCUGGCGCGCAAGCGGCUCGACGGAGGCACGCAAAAGACGACCGUCUUGGUGGGCAACAACCGCGGGCCUGGCAGUCUGCAGCGCGUCAUCUCGUCGGAGCGCAUCAAGACUGGACUUGGUCUGACCAUGACCGAAGCUUCGCAGAUGUACGCACCGUCGGCCUUUUCGAAAGGAGGUGCGCUGCCUCCGACGUCGGUGGUGUCCAAGACGCUGCUCUCGCAUUUGCGCAACGAGCAGUUUGACCGGAUCCACAUCAUCGACUUUGACCCGCUCGAGCUGGCUCGCCAGCUGACCAUCAUCGACAGCAAGUUGUACUGCGCGAUCCAGCCGGAAGAGCUGCUGGGCUCCCGAUACACCAAAGAGACCAAGGCGGCAGGCGGCAUCCAAGAUGUGCACGUCAAGAGCAUGUCGUCCAUGUCGACGAGGAUCACGGGUUGGAUCAGCGAGUGCAUCUUGAACGAGGUGGACGCGAGAAAGAGGACGCAAUUGCUGAAAUACUUCAUCAAGCUGGGCGAUCGAUGCGAGCAGCUCAACAACUUCCACACGCUCAUGGCGAUUCAGUGCGCGCUCAACUCGUCGACGAUUGCGCGGCUCAAGAAGACGUGGGAUGGCCUGUCGACCAAGUACCGCGCGAUGAUGGACCGACAACGAAGCGCAGUCGAGCACACGCGCAACUAUGCCAGCUAUCGCGAGCGGCUACGCAACACGACGCCACCUGCGAUCCCGUUCUUGGGUCUGUUCUUGACGGAUCUGACCUUCUGCCAUGAAGGCAAUGCGGCGACGCGACCGUGUCCGUCGAAUCCGGAGAAGAAGCUGCUCAACUUUGACAAGUACGUCAAGAUCAGCCGCAUCAUGGGCGAAGUGCAACGCUUCCAGGUGCCGUACAACUUGGUGGAGGUGCCCGAGAUGCAAAACUUCCUCAAGCGCGCUCUGGAUGACGUGCAAGGCGCGCAAGGAGGUCGAGGAGCGGAUGACUUGUACCGUCGCAGCUUGUUGCUCGAGCCUCGAGCCGGCAGCAAAUCCAAUGCGGCAACGAAUGCAUCGGGAACAGCCUCGACGACGGGAAGCCUGUCGCUGCGUCAGAGCAGCCAUGGCGCCGAGAACGGCAAGUCGGGCGGACUUGACAUCUUCAACUGGCGCACCGACAAGGCGUGA